CUUUAUAUUGGUCACCUCCUGACACUAUCAUCAUCUUGUCGGCCUCUUUAAUCUCCCAUUUCUCCUCCUCUCCCCUCCCUAAACCCCAAACUUCCCUCUCCCCUACGCAAAAUCAAUCCAUCCUGUUCUCUUUGAUUCAGUAUCUCCUUCCAUAACCUCCCUUUUUCUAUCAAAUCUAUAUUAUCUAUCUUCAAUUCUUGUUCAAGCUAGCUCCUUGGAUUCAAAUCCUGACUAGUUUUUCCUUCUUUCUUUCUUUUUUCUUCACUCCUUUCUGAAACUGAAUUAAUUAACCAUGAAACACCAACAGAUUAGCCUCGAAAGAAAUAGUAGCUGCAGCAGAAGCACAGGAAAAAUAAUCCCAUCAAACUACAUGAGAUCAAUCCCUGAACAAGAAGAUCAUCACUCUCAAAUCUCUUUACGACGCCUUAAUAAUACCAAAAUCAAUUCAAGGUUUACUUGUUUUUUUAGUUCAAUUUUCAAGAUUCUAUCUUUCCCAAAUAUACUCUUCCCUACAGCCUGUAAAUGGCUAUCAAUCCCAACUCAGAACCUGUCCAUAACCCCUUCUCUUGGCCGGAAAGUCACUGGAACCAUCUUUGGAAACCGCCAUGGCCAUGUCAACUUCGCGGUCCAGGAUGACCCGGUUUCUGAACCGGUCUUAUUACUCGAGCUUCCGAUGUCUACGGCAAUGUUAGUUAAGGAAAUGUCGUCAGGUUUGGUCAGGAUCGCCCUGGAAUGUGAUAAGGUUCGUGCUCCUCAGGUUCAGACAGGCCGGCAGGGGAAGCUGUUUAAUGAACCAACAUGGACUAUGUAUUGUAAUGGAAGGAAGUGUGGGUACGCCGUGUCGCGGAGGUGCACAUAUUCUGAUCAGUACGUGUUUGGAACCGUUAAGAGUGUUUCGGCUGGCGCUGGGGUUAUUCCGGUGAUGGAGGAUGGGCGUAAGAGCGACGGUGUAGACGGUGAGUUGAUGUAUAUGAGGGCUAAGUUUGAGCGAGUUGUAGGGAGUCGUGACUCAGAGGCAUAUUAUAUGAUGAAUCCUGAAGGAAAUGGAGUGCCUGAACUCAGUAUAUUUUUACUAAGAAUAUGAGAAGAAACAAAGACUUUGUUUUCGUGAUUUAUUGUUAUUAGGUAAUGUAAGGUGAAGAUGCUUGUUUAAUUAAUUAAUUAGUGACUUGUACGAUGCUUGGUUUAUAUUUGAUUUUCUUUCUCUGUA